AUGCCCAAACGUUCCAACGAGACUAACGAAUCCUCAUCCAAACGUAGCAAGUUGUUUGCUCCAGCACCUCCACGGAAACAAGCCGCCCCGAAGGACACCGCUCGGAAGGUUCGCACAUCAGUAUUGCGGAAGACAGCGAAGGGCAACUUGGGAUCCAGUUCGGUGCAUUCAACAGCACCCAACCUAUCUCGCCUUCCACCUCCAGACACGCACACGCAUUUUCUGCCCUCGUACUCCCUGCCGCUUGACCCCGAGUUCUCGCAACUUUGUGACCCAACAGACGCCGCCAACUCUGUUGGGGAUGAUGAUGGGGUUGAAGGCCCGUCACAGCUCGCAGUAAGCCAUGAUCCUUUGAGCCAGAGUAAUAAACUAACUCAUAUUCUACUCUCGAAGUCCCAUACUCAGGAGUGGCUCGUAUCCCAGCGUCAACUCUGGCUUGAUGAGCUUCUUCGUCUCGACGCACCUGGCCCAAGCUGGCAGGCCAACCAUAUGUGCCCAUGUGGCGUUCGUGAAGCCAGAUUUCGGUGUCACGAGUGUCUAGGGUUCGAAAUGUUCUGCAGCCAGUGCCUGGUCAAGAAUCAUUGUCGUCUUCCGUUGCACCGGAUCGAGCAAUGGAACGGCAUCCACUUCGACGUGUGUACGCUCCGCGACUGCGGGGUGAUUGUCCAACUCGGUCAUCCUCCGGGCGAGGCUUGUCUACACGCAGUUGCGGCGUACAACAACUUUACGGUUGUGCAUACCAAUGGUUCGCAUAACGUUAAACUUUUCUUUUGCGGCUGUUCGACUGUCGAGCACCAUGUCCAACUUCUUCGAUUUCAUUGGCUUCCCGCGUCGUGGCAGCGUCCUCGAACCGCGGUCACUGUCGACUACCUCAAGAUGUUCCAGAUGCUAUCCAAUACGGCCAAAACAACACUUUGGGAUUACUACCGGACCAUUCAGUUUCUUGGAGACAAUGCGGGGCUACGUACAGUGAAGUAUCAGAGGCAGGCAGUCUUGUUCGCAGUUCGCGCGUAUCGACACCUCAAAAUCCUCAAGUGGGGCGGUAGUGGACAUCUGGCCAAAGGGGUCGAGUCGACACCACGUGGCAGCUUAGCCGUCCUUUGCCCCCCUUGCCCGCAUCCAGGGAUUAAUCUCCCGCCUGGCUGGAGAAUAUCGCCGGACAAAUGGAUUUACACGCUUUUCAUCGCUGUGGAUGCAUGUUUUCGACUAAAGCUGAAGGAUCGCGGCGUCAAAGACCCCGAGUUUGGCGCCGGAUGGUCGUAUUUUGUUCAUGGCGGCGACUACCAUCGACUUUUUGAGUCGGCCACACACGCCCAGGACAUACCGCCAUGUGGAAAUCAGCACAACGCGGUCCAGCAGGCUCUGACACGUGGCAAUUCGAAGACGGUCGCAACCGGUGUCGUGGCUGCUAUAUGUUCACGCCAUGCUAUGAUGCUUCCGAACGGUGUCGGUGACCUGCAAAAAGGCGAACGAUUUGCAAAUGUUGACUUUGUGCUCGCCUCCGCACUUGCUCUUGUCGCCGAGGAUAUCGAAACUCUCAACAUCUCUUACGACAUUAUGUGCACCUACAUAAUCAACUUCAAGUCUCGCUUUGCCAUCUUGAUAUCCUUGCUAUGCCUUCCUUGGCUCUGCGUGCUUCGCGGCUUCAUCCCCAAAUUUCACCUGCCCGGGCACGGCGAAACCUGCCAGGACGACUUUUCCUUCAAUGUCAACUCCGGCGUUGGACAAUCACACGGCGAGACUAUCGAGCAAAUCUGGGCGUACCUCGGAAUAUCCGGCACGAGCACGUCUGAAAUGGGCCCUGGGAAUCGCCACCUUGUUCUCGAAGAUAUGAUGGGUGCGCAGAAUCAUCGGAAGGUGGUUAACUUAGGUAAUCACUUCGCUCAUCACCUACCUGAUGCCGUCAAGAUGCGCAAUGCUUAUCGCGAUAUUAGCGAUCGCUUCUCAGCGACUUUUCCCGAGCAAGUGGUUGCAACGUGGAAAGCCAUGGUCGAGGCCUGGCAACAAGAUCACAGCAACCCGGACCCGUUCCAUGAACCCGAGUCGUCCAACAACCUGGAGACCUUGCGCGAGGAGCUUGCAAACGAGGACGCGGAACUGAGGGCUCGGUUUGCAGAAUUUGUGCGCCUGGGAUUGGUGUUAGAGGGAAGCCAGUACUAUUGCAGGCGAAGUCUCAAACGACGCAUUGAAUCAGCCGCCCAGCGCACGAGUACCCAGCGCACGUCUAUUCAACAGCAACGCGCGUCCUUGAAGUACACCAUCCAUAGUUAUCUCAAAGCUCAAGCCGUGUACAUGCCGGCAUGCGGCUCUCUCCGUAAUUCAUCCGACAUAGACGCGGGGCUAUCGACUGAGCCCGAAGUGUUCGAUCCGCUCUCCAGCACCCUUCCCGAAGAAUUUCCGCUUCUCCUGCCCUCUGGACUAGAUGCGGGUAUGCGACGAAAUUCGUCGUUGCACACUGUGGUCAAUAUCGAGACUCGCAUGCGCUUAGCCCAGGCCCAGGAUUCGCUCAUCCAACUACGACAUCUGCGGCGUGUCUAUCAAGGCCUAAGCACUCGGCUUCGGAAGAAAGUGUGGGGCGUCGGGCAGAAGACCAACACCCGCUCCCGGACUAUCCUCCAAGGUUUUCUGGAGAAAAUCCACGCCUGCCGAGACGACUAUCGCGCAGCCUACGGUGCUUUAAAGCAGCUCGAUGCAGACGGAUCGUGGACGUCUUACCUUCUCCCGCUCAGGGAUGAGGACAUCUCUGGACCGGGCAAGGACGAAGAGGAGGAGGUUGAGUACCGGACGAAGCAGAAAGAAUACAUCAAGUCGUGGAUAUGGCUCACCACUGUGCCAGGAAAACGCGUAGUGUCUGCUGAGGAGAUAUCGGACACGGAACUGAACGAGCAAGUUCGUGCUCAGUGGGCGAAGACAGACGCACGUGCGGCGCGAUGGGAGGAGGAGGUCAUCCUUCUCGUGGAGGAGAUGAGGAGGACGUUGGUAUGGCUCGAGUGGAGAGCUGGGUGGUGGGAAGCGCGGUCGAAGGAGCGCACCAAUGUGGCCGUCGAUCUACAGCGUGGCCUCAUCGCGUACGCUAUGAAGCAGCAGUCCAUCCAACGUCAACGGCUAGCUCUCUUUGCGUCGCGAUGGAUACCCUUACUACGAGCACAUCAGCUUGGGUCAGACUGGCGUGGACAGUAUGAGAAAUACGCGCAAAAACCGGAUAAAACAGAAGUCGCCGCGCCCGCUGCCGCCGCAAGCGUGCCCUGUCCCGUCGACGCCGACGCCAACGCGUCUCAUCUCGGCAAAGCCCAUGCGCCCCAUCCUGCCGACGCGCCCCGUCCCAUCGACGCCGACGCCAACACGUUUCAUCUCGGCGCAGCCCUAGUGACCAUUCUCAUGGAAGUAUGCCAGCCAUUGGCGCAGAAACAUGGUGCACAAGAGCCAGCAGCCAGUUUCAGGUAUAAACCCCAGCAGAACGUGCACUGUUUGUGCGGCCAGGAGGUCAUGAGGCGGUGCAUCACCUGUACUAUAAACUACAGCGGUAGCCGGAAUGUACGAGUUCACAUAGUACAGCACUACCAAGCCUUAGCCUAG